UGGGAAAGUUGGCGCGGCCCCGCCGGACGCUGAAGACCCGGCGGCGGCGGCGUGACAGCGGCACGCUGCGAGGAUGAGCUCCUUCCUCGAGUACCCCGUCCUCGGCGGCGAGGCGGGGGCCUGUGCCGCCCGCUCCUACCACCCUGAGCACGGAAUUACGACUUUCCAACCCUGCGCCGUCAGCGCCGGCAGCUGCAGCGGGGAGGACCGCUUCCUCGUGGGCCGCGGGGUGCCCCUCAGUCCCCACCGGCACCACCAUCCCCCGGCCCAGCCUGCCGCCUACCAGCACCACGGCGGCCUGGGGGUGUCCUACGCGCAUCCCGGCUGCCCCCCGACGUACGGCGCGCAGGGCUUCGGCGCCGCCUAUGGCCCCUACGCUCUGGGGCAGGACGCCGAGCUGGGCGGCGGCUUCCCCCCCUGCGCGCCCGCCGUCUACUCGGGCAGCCUCUCCUCCGCCGCAGCGCAGCACCCGCACCAGGGCUACGCGGGGGGGCCCGCGCAGUACGUGCCCUCCCCGUACGGGCAGGAGCAGCAGAGCCUGCCCCUGGGCACCUACAACCAUGCUCUCUCUCCCCUCCACGCCGGCCACCAGGACAACUCCCGCUCCCCCUCCGCCGACACCUCGCCGCCGGCGCAGACCUUCGACUGGAUGAAAGUUAAAAGGAACCCCCCUAAAACAGGCAAGGCCGGCGAGUACGGCUUCGUGGGGCAGCCCAACACCGUCCGUACCAACUUCACUACCAAGCAGCUUACCGAAUUGGAGAAAGAGUUCCACUUCAACAAGUACCUGACCCGGGCCAGGCGGGUGGAAAUCGCAGCCUCCCUCCAGCUCAACGAGACGCAGGUGAAGAUCUGGUUCCAGAACCGGCGGAUGAAGCAGAAGAAGAGGGAGAAAGAGGGGCUGCUGCCCAUCUCCCCCACCACCCCCACGGGCUGUGAGGAGAAGGCGGAGGACCCGUCGGAGAAGUGCUGCCCGUCGCCCUGCAGCGCCUCUCCCGCAUCCUGCACCUCAGACCCGGGUCCUGCCACCAACUGAUCUCCCCCAAGCUGCGGUGUGCUCCGUCGGUCUGUCCGUCCAUCCGUCCGUUGGUCGGGCCCGGGGGCGUCGGCCCGGCCGCUCCUGGCCCCUACCGCCGAGAGGUUUUAUUUCGGUUCCCCCCUCCUCACCUCCUUGCCGGAGGAGUUGCGUUGGCACACGCGUGGGUUCUCCCUCCUCCCCGCAAGGAUGUUCCUCUGAGUUUCACUGGCUGACAGACAGGUCAUGGAGGGUACAUAACCUCACGAAGAGAUGCACUAUGGCAAGUGUUUACACGACUUCUAGGACUUUCACCCUUUAAUUUAAUGUAUACUUUGUUCGUGUCUAUGAGUUUGUUGCUUGUAAAUACUUUGUCCGAGAGAUUUAUCUUUUUACAGAUUUUUCUAGAGAAGACGUUUAGAUGAUCAGGUGAAGCAGGGUGAGUGCAUUCGCCAAACCAGACCCGCUUUUCUAUCGGUCAGGCUGACGGCAGCAUCAAGCAGACGUGUUAAGCUCCAGCAGAUACCUCAAAGCGUAGCGCUUUCCCAAAACGUGACAAACAAGGCUUCAAUUGCACUAGGUUUUGUAAACCUUACCCUGUGUGCUCGUCCCUCCCUCCCCCAUACAGCUGUGCUGGGCUGUGCCUGACAGAGGGACACUGCCGCCCCACAGACCUCACCUCUUCCUGUUUCCGUAUCCCCCCUCCUUUAGCCUCGAUGUCUUUUCGACCCACUCGUGAAUGUGUCGGAUGGCCAAAUGAAUGUAUAACUUCUGUGGUUGGUGUCCGGGCCGCUGCAUGCCGCCCCGUGUGUGCUGUACUCGGGACACGGAGCUCUGUCGGGCGGGAGCCGCGUCCCCCGACGUUGCGUACAAUCACCAGGGCUCUGCGGUUCCCGCCGCUGGGACCCAGAGCAGGAUUUACGGGUCCUUAUGUCUGUAAUAAAUAUAUUCCGCUUUCAGGUAUACCUCGUGUGUCUACCUCUGCGUGACGUCACUGGCACGUCACGGCUCGGCUCGCACGUUUUCCGCCGUUGGGCACUUCCGAGGGGAGAAGGGAGGAGGGUCCCAGCUUCAUCCCCCCCUGCCUGCCCGGUCCGCCCCAUAAACACGCACCUUCCUCCUUUCCUAUGCUCAAACAGCAUUAUUUUUAGAAAAAAUAUGUGGCCCUCCGCUGUAACUGGGAGGAAUUUAUGACCCCGAUCUAUUUCUGAAGCACAAACACGAGAGCUUCCUGGGUCAAGUGCUAACCUUUUCACCUCGGGAUGGAUGGUGACACUUACAUAA